UGGAAAGCGUCCGGGAACACUAGUAAAAUAUGGAACUCGUAUGCCAAUUUGGCCGUUGAUUUUCGAAAGAUAGAGUAUGUCGAAGGAAGACUGGUUGUUGUCAUUCCUAGGAAAUUGCCUAUAUAAAGACCUCAUGUUCAAGCUCUUGACUAAAAUCAUCACCAACCACCAAUACACAUUCAUCCUUCAUAUAAUUCAGCUUGCCUAUCAUGUCUCGUACCCUAGCUCUUGUCACUGGCUCAACUCAAGGCAUUGGCCUUGCAGUUGCCAAAGAGCUCGCCAUCAAGCACAACUACCAUGUCCUUCUUGGCGUUCGAAACACCAAAGCCGGAGAAGAAAUCGCCUCUGAUCUUCGCAAAGAAGGCCAUGAAGCUUCAGUCGUAGAGCUUGAUCUCACCUCUGCUGACUCCAUCGACAAAGUAGUCAAGCAUAUCGAUGAGAAGUACGGAUAUCUCGAUGUUCUCAUCAAUAACGCUGGUGUUUUGCUUGAUAGGCAGGAAGGUCUUUCGACCUGGGAUCUCUUCUCCAAGACAUUCACUACAAACGUCAUCGGAAAUGGUUGUCUGACUCAAAGCCUCCUCCCACUCGUGCGCAAAGCGAAGAAUUCUCCACCGCGCAUCGUAUUUGUAACGAGCGUCAUGGGCAGUCUCACCAAAGCAACCGACGAAACCACGACCUAUUACAACAUUGACUACAAAGCCUAUGACGCGAGUAAAACGGCAGUCAACAUGCUCAUGUUCAACUUCGCACGCGAACUGGAUGCUGUUGGUGGGAAGGUCAACUCUGUUUGUCCGGGACUGGUAAAGACAGGCUUGACCAAUUAUCACGAGUGGGGAACGAGCCCUGAGACUGGUGCCGAAAGGAUCGUUGAGAUGGCGACUAUCGGGGAGGAUGGGCCUACCAAGACCAUUAGUGACCGUAAUGGAGAGCUUUCUCUGUAGAGAGCAACUGUAUAUCAUAGGAUGGUAGUUUAGUGAUUGC